AUGAUAUCAAGAUAUGGAUCGAGUAUUUUCGACAUGCCACCAUCUACUACUACUUCUUGGUUAGCGAACAGAAAUUAUGGUGUUGUUAUAGACGCUGGAAGUUCGGGUUCUAGGGUACAAAUUUAUAGUUGGAAAGACCAUAGAGUUAUUCGAGAAAGUAAAGAUAAAGAAGAAUUACGUCACUUGCCUGUUAUUGAACGAGGUGAUGAACACGGUCUUAAAUGGCAGAAAAAAGUAGAACCUGGAAUAUCAUCUUUUGCAUCGAAUCCUUCACAAGUUGGUGAAGGACAUUUAAAAGAAUUAAUAGAUUUCGCAUUGGAAGUAAUUCCUUAUGAUCAAGUAUCAGAAACACAAAUAUAUUUAUUGGCUACCGCGGGAAUGCGUUUAUUACCACCAUCCCAACAAAAUGCCAUUUUACAAAAUGCAUGUGAUUACAUAAUGUUUCAAAAUAGAUUUAAAAUGUUUGAAAAAUGUUCUGAUCAUAUUCAAGUAAUUUCGGGUGAAAAGGAAGGUAUAUAUGGUUGGGUGGCGGUAAAUUAUUUAAAGGGUGGUUUCGAAUUCGAUAAAGGAAAUCAUAAUGUUGAACAUAAUAUUCGACAUGAAGCGAAAAAACAUGCCAAUGAUUUAACUACAGUUACAUUAUGGACAUUAAAUGGACAACAAGUUGAAUAUCAAGUUUUUGUAACCACAUUCUUAGGAUAUGGAACAAACGAAGCUCGUAGACGUUAUAUUGAUAAUCAAAUAAAUAAUUAUAAUGAAAAACAUGAAAAAAUCAUUAAUCCAGAUUCUUCACGAGAGCAACCUGUUUUCUUGAUAGAUGAUCCAUGUUUACCAAAAGAUCUUGCUCUUACUGAUCGAAAUUCAUCACCACCUUAUUAUACAUUAAAAGGAACUGGAUCAUUUGAUAAAUGUCUUAAUAAUACAUAUUCAUUAUUAAAUAAAACCGCCGAAUGUGUAGAUGAACCAUGUUUAUUUAAUGGUAUACAUACACCAAAUAUCGAUUUUUCAGUAAAUAAUUUUAUUGGUAUUUCGGAAUAUUGGUAUACUUCGGAAGAUUUAUUUAAUUUAGGAGGAUCAUGGAAUUAUGAAGAAUUUACUGAAAAAGCUAGAAAUUAUUGUGGAGAAAAUUGGAAUGAAAUAUAUUCUGAAUUUCAUCGAGGAGUAUGGAAUUCAUCAUCUAUAGAUUUACCUAGAUUAGAAAUGCAAUGUUUUAAAUCUGCAUGUGUUGAUAAAAUUAAUGAUAUGCAAGUUAGUUGGACUUUAGGAAAAAUGGUAUUAGAAGCAUCAAGUACUAUUCCUUUAUUACUUGGACCACGCCCUCGACCUCCACCAAAUCCUCAACAUCAUGGAAUUUUAGGUUAUUAUAAUUUUCUGGUGGAAUGGAUGAUGGGAAUUUCAAUAAUAAUUAUGUUAUUAAUCGUUAUAUGGUGGGCAUGUACAAAAAAGAAUGGACCUUGGAUAGGAAGAAGGUUAAGUAUUGGAUUAUUAUAUUCAUGUUUAUUAUCAAGAUUACGAAAUGAUGGUGGACCGGAAUAUAAUAGAUUAGAAGGAGGGCAAUAUUCACCAUCAGCUACAAUUGGAUGGAAAAUAGCAACCACGAUAGAAACAUCAUUUAGAGGAUUAAAUUAUGUUAAAUGGAAAAUUACUCAUAGAAUUAGUUCACCUUUUCGUAAAAUAUUUACAAAGAAAAAUAUUGAAUCUAAUGAAAAUAUGUCAUCAUUACAAAUUGAAGUUAUAGAUGAUUUAGAAGAAAUGGUUCAAUUACGUGUAUCACCAGUUUCCGUAUCCGAAACAAAUUCUGAUACUUCCAUAAAUAUUAAAGAUAUUUCAUUAACGCCACCUAUAAUAACAGAUAAAGCAUCACCCACAGAACAAUAUUUUAAUCAUUUUCCAUCACAAAGAUAUUUAUCAAAGAAAAGAUUUAGUGGGGAUAGUACAAUCCAAAAUGGACCGAUGGAAGCAAUUAACAAAGCAUUUUCGACACCAAUUAAUUUAUCUUUAACUGGAUUACAAUCGAGAAAUAAUAGUUCAUCAAAUUUAGUAAAAUAUAAGGAACGAAUUAUAAAUAGUACUAGUAGUAUUACUACAGAUUCAACAUCAUCUACAUUUGAUGAAGUAACUUCGAAAUAUUCAAGUUAUCCAAGUUCAAAAUCAAUACGAUCAUUUGGUACCCCUUCACCACCAAAAAAUUUUAUGUUAUCAUCACCAAUAAUGAUGAAUUCACCAAUAGAAAGAGCACAGAACAGUACUCGCGAAGGCAAUACUGGUGCUCGCAACAAAGAUAACCCUGCAGCAAAUUUAGCUCUGGCAGCCAAUGUCGAAGUUCUCUUUCAUACAGAAUUUACUAUUAAGUCCGAAGAAAAAUUCAUGACUUAUUUUACCCAUAGUGGAUAUCAUAAUCAACUUAAUGCUUUAGAAAAUGCUUUAUUACUUGCAAAAUUAUUAGAUCGUACAUUAUUAUUACCUCCCGCUUUACUUGGUCCACCAAUUCCUUGGGGAAAAUAUUCGAAAUUAUAUGAAAGAUUACUUACUACCACUAAAACUGGUUUAGAACAUUGUAAAAAGAUAUCAAAAGAUUUUCAAUUACCGGUUGAAUGUUUAAAUUAUUUUACUCAUACUAAAGUAUCUUGGGAUUUCUUAUUGAAUAUAGAACCUCUUAGAAAAUGGCAUCCAAUUGUUGAUAGAUGGGAACAAUCUUUUGAAUGGUUAGAAAAAAAUCUUAAUAUCAAUAGAGUUAAUGAUAUUUAUUCUAUAAAGGAUAGUACUUUAUAUGAUUAUUGUAUUUAUGAUUCUUCUCCUCCAAUGAGUACAGAAACAAAUUAUUCUACUUCUAAAUAUAAAAGAAAGAUCGAUUUAGAUUCAUUGGCUAAAAUUAAGAAGAAAAUAAUUCAUUUUGGUUCUUUAUUUGGAAUGAAUAGAGUAAUAGUUGAAAAACCUGAAAAUAUAGAACAUCAAAAAUUUAUUGAGAAACAUUUGGUAACUAAUAAUGAAAUAUUAUUAAAGAUUUCUAAUAAUAUUAUUAAACAAUUAGGUGGAAUAGGAAAUUAUAUAGGAAUACAUUUAAGAAUAACCGAUGGAUUCUUUAUGAAAACAGCUCGUUUAACUAUUGAUCGAAUGUAUCAUGAAAUAAUUGAUUUAAAUACUAAUCUUACCCCGGAAGAAGUAGAUUUAUUGGAAGGAGGUACUCACGAACAAGAUAUUUUGUUGGAUGAUACAAUAGAUUUAGGAGAGAAUAAUAAUUUUAAUAUUAGUACGAAACAAAAAAUAAUGCAAAGAUCCAAAUCCAAAGGAGAAUUAAAUGAUUUAACAAGUAAAGAUGAAGAAUCCAAUGAAUAUAAAGGUGAAUUAAAAAGAGAAGAAAAUGAUGAGACAAGAUCGUCAUUCCUCAAGAAAUGUCAUAAACCACUUCAUCCCGAUUCCGGAGUUAAUACCGUAAUCUUCAUAGCCACCGACGCAAAGUCACCUCGAACGAAUCCAUUAUUAUAUAAAUUUUUCAAUACUUUCCCUUGUGUAUUCGUGUUAGAUGAUUUCGAAAAGGAUUUAAUUGAAGUUAAAUCAUUAAGAAAUUCAGAUGACAAAACUCAAUUAGUUAAAUAUUUAAUACCGAUGUUAGAUGCCAUGAUUUCAGCCAAAGGAAAAGAAUUUUAUGGAACUCCUCGAUCUACAUUUAUUAAAGCAGUUAACCAAAUGACAUUAACCAAAAAUGUCAAACCAAUAAAAGUGACAUAA